AUGAGAGAAGGUUCAAAAGCACCUGCUAAGAUUAACGCCGAUCGGGUGAGUUGUCCUUACAUUCACAAUCACCUUUCAUUACCAAUGAUCUAUAUGUACACUAAAACACUCUUAGUUGUUCGUUUUAGAUACUCUUCUCUUUUCGAUUCAACAAUCCAUAAACUGUAUGCUCUUCAAACCCAUCAUCCACUUUCUUCAUCUCUCAAAUCCAUCUCAACUUCCACUAAUCAACACUCUUUUACAGUCGAUUACCUCAUCAAUUCAUGUGGGUUGACUCCACAAACUGCUAUUUCUGCUUCCAAAAAAAUCAAUUUUAAAACCCCAGACAAACCAGAUUCAGUUCUCAACUUCUUCAUGAACCAUGGAUUCAGCAAAACCCAGAUCUCAACUCUCAUCAGAAAACGCCCAACACUUCUCUUAUCGGAUCCCAAUAAAACCCUUUUGCCCAAAUUCGACUUGUUUUACUCCACUGGCAUUUCCACCACUGACCUCGCCAAGACAUUAUCCACUAACCCAACGAUAUUGACUCAUAGCUUGGAGAACCAUAUCAUCCCAUCUUACAAUUUGUUGAAGAGUUUUUUUCAUUCCACUGAUAAGUUUAUGGCGGCCUUUAAACGAUAUCCUGAUAUUUUAGGUCACAAUGCUAUUAUAUUUCCCAACAUUGACGUUUUGAGACAACAUGGCGUGCCAGAAUCGAAUAUUGUGUUCUUACUUAGUACUCAGCCUAGGGCAUUCAUAAAAAAGCCAGACAGAUUCAAUGAGGUAGUGGAGGAUGUUAAGAAAAUUGGUUUCAACCCUUCAAAAUUCCAGUUUGUUAUGGCGGUUAAAGCAUUGAGGUCAAUGAGCAAAUCAACAUGGAAAAGGAAAAUGGAGGUUUAUGAGAAGUGGGGUUUGUCUGAGGAAGAAACAAUGUUGGCUUUUACAAGACAACCGGGCUGUAUGAUGAUAUCCGAGGAGAAGAUAACGGCGGUGCUGAAUUUUUAUGUGAACACAAUGGGUUGGGAGUCUUCCAUAAUUGUCCAUCGUCCAGAAUUAAUGUCGUGCAGCUUGGGUAAGAGGAUAAUUCCCAGGUGUUCAGUACUUCAAGUUUUGUUGUCCAAAGGUUUGAUUAAGAAACCCGUUAGUGCAGACAGAUUAUUGAGGUCCACAGAGAGUUUGUUCCUCAAGAAGUUUGUGACCUGUUACGAGGAAGCUCCUCAGUUGUUGAAACUAUAUCAAGAAAAAUUGGAGCUUUCAAAAUUACAUGGCCAUGAUUAUGGAAGUAAGAGUGGAACUUAUCAGCUGUAG